GUCUUGAUUUCCCUUUCAUUCAGGAAGCGGAGUCAGAGCCUUCUCUCUAUAUAUUUGCCGCUAAUGUUAAGAUGCCUUCAUUACAAGCGGCUACAACCAUUUGGUAUGCUUCAUUCGUCUUGUUCUUGUGAAUCGAAUCCUUCUCAAUAGUCUUGAGGAGGUUGACGGAUCGCAAGUCUGUGGCGACGUCUUCGUCGAACUUCUUUUGUGAUCUUGUGAGCCGUGCUUGGCGCGUUUCGUUGUUGGCGAAAAGUCCUCUUGCACUUUCAAGAACCUUGCGUUCCUAAUUCGUGUAGUUGCAGUAGCGGAAUCGCUGUGGCGCGUUAUCUUUUCCUCGUGGAGGCUUUAAGAUUAUUUUUCCAGACUCACCGUGUGCCUGUAAACUAGCAUUCGUUUUCACGUUGCCUGUGUGCAACAUUUCAUGCACCGCAAGACUGAUAGUGGGUGCCACUUUUAGCAUUAUAUAUUCCUUUGCGAGCGAACUGCCCGAAAUUUCCACGACAUGUAUAUCCAUUAUGCAUGGAUUGCCGUUGGCAUAGGAGCGAUGUUAUCAUUUUUGGCGUUAUCAUGGACGAGGAAACCAUUCAUGGCCAACUUGAGAGGAAAACACAUAUUCCUCACUGGCGCCUCUAGUGGCAUUGGAUUGGCAGUAGCCAAGCAAGCUCUCCGUGAAGGUGCAUACGUGACUCUUGUUGCAAGAAGUUUCGAGAAAAUGGAAACUGUGGCGAAGUCUUUGUUGAAGGAACUGGAGCUUCCCAAGGAUCGCGUUCUUGUGAUGGCAGCAGAUGUGGGAGAUUACGCAAGCAUAUCGACGGCUGUGAAGGAAUCAUUUGGCUGGAGACCCAUCGAUAUAUUGAUCAACAAUGCAGGGAUUACUAGGAGCGGCUUCAUGGAGGACUUCUCCUUGGAAGAUAUCAACACAGUUGUUCACACCAAUGUGCUUGGAUCAAUUUAUCCCGUGCACGCUAUACUACCUCAGCUGAAGUUGCGGAGCCGGGAUCACCCCAUCUCUGUCGUGUUUAUCGGCAGCCUGGCGUCUUUGUGCUGGUUGUAUGGAAAUGGAGUGUACACGGGGACCAAGCAUGCUGUCAAGGGCAUCGCGGAGAGUUUGCGGCUGGAGCUUGUCCCCUACAACAUGCGUGUGAAUUUGGUGUGUCCCGGGUUUGUAAACACGGGUUUCCUAGAUGACGUCGACAAUGAAGAGGAGCUGACAGCAGGAAUGAAAGUGGCGUCCUUCUACAACCGAAAGCACGCUCAAUCUCCAGAAGAAGUCGCAAGCAUUUCAAUUGACGGCAUCAAGAAGGGCAAAUUCAUCAUUACCACCACACCUGUUUUGGGCCCGAUUCUUGUCAUUCUAACUCGUGGAUUUUCACCAUCGGAUUCCUUCUUACAAAACCUGGUUGAGGCCAUCUGUGCGGGUCCUAUGAGGAUGAUCAGCUACAUCACACAGUUCGACAUGUGUCGAAGAUUGAAGAAGAUCCAUUACGAGCACAACCACGACAGCAGAUAAAUUAUUUGAGCGCUGCACUUACUAUGGUUUCUACACAUCGACGUGUAACCUCAUGCUUAAGGAUUGCCCUCACCACAUCAGCCUCACUCAUUGUCCAACUUACCAUGAACUAAGUGAGGAAUACUGAGAUUUCACAGCAGCGAAGUCAUCAUUCGUCGCCCUACAUCAACGGCGCUGCACAUGCCUUUUUUCAUUCUUUGCAUGGUAGUGAAUUCGAAGUACUACUAGACUAGUAAUAUGAUAGUUGUGUUGGUUAAGUGACUUCAAUAUUAAUUUGAGAACAUACAGCAUGAGGAGGAAUCGAGAUUGUGUUACAGAUAUCCGUCAGGUCAGGCCCUUGCUGAUUCAGGUCAAUGCCUGGUAAAUCGUGGCAGUGAAUAUCCUGACACUGAUCUCUCAGGUCCAAUUUCAAUGACGUUAAACAGGUAGGGACUGGUCUCUGUACUCCAGAGAUCCUUUUGUGGUAUAUCUGGACGUAUACUACUGGCAGUUGAUGAAUAAAUUCAGUUGUGAGGAGCACAAUUUUCUCUUUAAGUAAGCACAUGAAAUAUGAUGUGCACAUAAAUUACAGUGC